AUGUCUCCAAGCAUAGAUAUAAAGUACAAAUGCUCAGAGAAGAAUAAUAGAAGAAAGAAGGGUAAAAUUGAACCAGGAAUAUGUAGACAUGGUUUUGAGGCAUCUUUGAGAAAUUUAUCCAAUAGUCCUAAGGAGACAGGUUACAAAGUAUGUAAACACAAAGGUGGUACAUUUAAUAUCCGUCGCCUAACAUAUGGUAAUGAAGAACUUAAAGAUGAGAGUGAAUCUUUACUCACCAGGAAACACAAUAUAAUAACUGAGGUAUGUACCUACUACAGCGAUAAAUACAAUGGUGAUGAUGAGCGUAUAAAGGUACCUCUCAUUCUUGGAGUUAGGGAAAAGACUGGAACACCGUAUCAUUGGUAUGAAAAUCUGGGUGGAAAUAACUUAACAUGGAGGGAGAUUAAUGAUACAAGUGGCUUCCCUCAAUUUAGCAAUGAGUCUACUCAAAAGUUUUUAGGCAAACUCAAUGAACUCACAUGCCAACUCCACAAACUUCAUUCUGUCAACAUUUAUGAGGACAGGAACUAUUCUUGUCCAUGUGGUAAGACUAAUGUUACUGUUGUUGAAAAUGAAGGUGGUGGUAUUCCUGGGUACACAAAGUACAAACACACAUACGAUACUUACGCAAACUCCGCUAGGUACAAAGACACGGCUCUAAAAUUUAAAUAUGAUGAUAGGUACGAUCCAUUUUCACUCAGUAAAGAAACCCUUCAGCUCACAGUAUAUUACUCUGAAGAAGACAAGGGGCGUAAGAGACCUCUACUCAUGGAUGUUUCUGUAUGGGACUCCGGUGAUAUAAUUCCCCUUGGUAAUAUUGGAGUAAAAGACAACAGUGAGUGGAGUAUGAUUACUGAUGAAGAUGGUGGUUAUUUGCUAACCCUUUCUUCAGAGGUACUUUCACUAAAACUUCAAGAACUAAAGAAGGAAUUGUACCAAGAAGCUAAAAAACUAGAAAAGGUACACGAAUCACUAGGACAUUCUGAAAAGUCUGAUUCUGAAUACCAAGAAGAUGAGGACGAAGAAGACAGGGAGGAUGAUGAUGAUGAAAAAGAAGCUGAGAAAGAAAAGGGAGUUGAUAAAACAUCUCUUGCUCCUGUUGAACUUGUUGGUGUUAAUAAUAGUGGAGGUAGAAAAGGCCUUGAUGAACUAUUGGAAACGAUUGGUCCUUUUAUCAACCUUGGAUUGGCUGGAUCGGGUCUAGUUGGAUUAGGUACAGCUCAUAAUCUGGCUGAGGAGCUGAAGUUGGCUCUUGAACUGGCUAAGGAUAUUCUUGCUACCUAUGUCGUUCCUGAAGCUGGUGAUAAACUCCCUCAAGAUUUUAAAACUGUCAAACAGCUAGAAGGACAAGGUCCUACUGGUACUGAAUCUCAGAAUAAAACUCCUGAGUUUCUUCCUGUACCCGCUGCUCUUUCCGGACCUGUUCCUGCUGUUGGUAUUGUUACUGAAGAAGGCCCGGGUAGAACUCCUAAGGUACAAAAUAAUGCUGCUCAAACUGAUGGAGAAACUGCUGACCUAUCUGACCAGGUUCCUGAUACAGAGUCUGAGACCAAGAUUCUCCUACAAGGUAGUCCUGUGGCUCAAACGGCCGAAGAUUAUAUGGAUGGUAAUGGUAAAGGUGAUCAUACUACUGCUGAAACGACUCCUAAAGAACUUGCUGCUGGAUAUACCUUCUUUGGUCCUCAAGCAGCUAUGCAUGGUUAUGCUUAUCAAUCCCUAUAUGGAACUUCUCAAGGUGCUAGGCCUACUACUCGUCCCGAGCUUAUAGUUGGUACUUCUACUCUUCCAGCACUAGGUGGAUAUCAAGGUCCUCAACCAUUAUCUGGGCUAGAUUCUGAUGCUCAUGAUGGAUCUACAGGACAUAGAGAUUAUAGAGGGGAUGCUGACCCUCCUUAUACUAAGCCUACUACCGCUUUCUAUCCUACUACCCUUACCUUUACUGCACCUACAGAUAUUACUCCUAAACAACCUGCUUCUGAAACUCCUGGUGCUUGUCGAUCUCUCCAGUCUAAUCUCUCUGCUAUUGGUGCUCUACUUCAUAUUUGUAAUAACAAUGGAGAAGUGGCUGCUUCUCUAUCUUCUAUUCCUUAUCCUGAAGAACCUGAAGCUCGUAAAGAACAUUCUAGAACUUCUCAUGGAGACUCUACUGAAACUUCUGAAUCUCUUCAUACUGAACUUAAUCCCACUCCUGGUCAACAAGAAGCUAAUGGAGUCCCUGAAAGAGGUGAAAAACGUGUUCAGGAACCUGCUCCUACUGUUUCUCAUGCUAAUGAUCAAGGUAGAACUGAAGGAGCUAAUGAAGCUGAAAGAGACUCCGGUAAUAGAGGUGAAGCUGGAGGUCCUGAAGUAGUCCCUAAAGGUGAAGAUAAAUCUCAAGAAGCCGAUUUUGGAGUUUCUGUAGCUAUUCCUCAACAUCCUGGAGGAAAUAAUGUUGGAGAUGUUCAAUCUGGACUCCAAAAUGAAUCUCCUGAAACUUCUCUUCCUCAUAGACCUAAUCGGAUCCCUAAACAUAAAGGCUCUACCCCUCCUGAAACCUCUUCUGAUUGGGAAGUAAUCUCUAUUAGCGUCUCUUCUGUUCUAGGUACUUCUGCCUUGGCUUGUUUUGUGGGAUGGAAACUUUAUAACCGCUAUAAAGGAGAUCCUUGGGUUAGACGUGGAUAUCCUAUAGAGUUUUUAAAGAAUGUACCAUAUUGA